GGACGGACGGACCAUGGCCACCGCGCUGAGAGUGUGUGUGCUCAUCUGCUGUGCCGCCAGCGUCCGAGGCGCAACCUGGUGGGGCAAUGGCACCGGCGGCCGACAGGGCUGGCGUCACAGGGUCCCACUGCAGUUGGCCCGGCGGAUUCAAGAGGGCGACCUGGUCUCGCUCCUCAGCACCGUGGGCAACCGCCACCCGGCCUUCACCACCUUCAUCGCACACGGCAGCAACAGCUCCCGGCCGGGGGGUGCUCUGCUGGGGGCGACGCACACCAACGCCGGCCAUGCGCCGCUGCACCGGGACCUGAAGGACGUGGCGUCCGAGCGACGGACGGUUAUCAGGGACGCCGUCUGUAAGCCGCGCAAGCAGCCGGUGCUGGUGCCACAUCCCGACGACCCGCUGGUGCUCUACACACCCUGCCUGCGUCAUGGUGCCGCGCUGCUCCGGCUGCUGCAGCCACGAGCUGCUCAAGUGCGUGCCCACCGAGGUCAAGACCAUCCGCAAAAAGGUUCUGGCCCUCCGAUUCUCUGGAGAGGAUCAAGUGUCUCUCGCCGAUCAAGAAUCCAGCGUCAAAAAGGUCAAAAUGGAGAAGCACGUCAAGUGUGAAUGCCAGUGUAAGGUGACGGCGGCCGACUGCACGGCCCGCCAGCGGUACGACGCGCCCAACUGCCGCUGCGUGUGCCCGAACGAGCAGCAGGCGUCCGGCUGUCCCGGCACCAAGAUCUGGUCCGAUGACGACUGCGCCUGCAAGUGCGCCCGCACCGAGGAGUGCUCCACCGGCCUGGCGUUCGACCCCGUCCAGUGCAGAUGUCUCCCCUCCUCCCCGCUGCGACGGCAGACGCUCCUCUUCCGGGCGGAGGCGCCGGCGCCUCGGCCGGCGUCCCAGAGGAGCGGUGCAGACCCGUACUACAGCCAGCGAGAACGGAGUUACGGCCAGCGUAGUGGAGGGGAGCCAAGCCAGAGGCAACGUUCCUACACAGAUUCGUACUACAACCAGCGUAGCAGGGGAGAUACGUACUACAACCCACGCAGCAGGGGAGACCCGAGCUACAGCCAGCGCAGCUCAGACAGCCCGAACUAUAGGCAGCGGAGCAAUGCAGAUUCCUACUACAGCCAGCGUAGCAGGGGAGAUCCGUACGACCGGACCCAGCGGAGAAAUUAUUCUGGAUAG